UGAGCAAAAGUAUACGGACCAGGGACUGCGCGAUAAAAAUAAUUAUCUUCUCUGUCUGUGAAUGCAUCUUGAAAUGAAAGCCUCCAGCCCAAACUUGGCAUUACCAGUGCACUCGUCAGUUUCCGUUUAUGCGUAUUAAUUACGAAGGAAUUCUGUUUUUUCGGCGACCCUGUGGUCCGUAUACUUUUGCUCACGGGUGUACGCUCCUCUCACCUUUUGUAUUGUAUUCGCAGGCGCGUAGCUUGGGCGGGCAGGGGGGUCACAUACCCUUUCUACAUACCAAAUACAUAUCCCUCCCCGCCCUCCACCCUUCCCCUCGAAAUUUCUUUGUACCAAGGUGCCACCUGUACAACAACCUCGCUCCCAUUGCGUGCCCGGUCAACUGGGUGCCUCCCCCGAUAAAAAAAAAAAUCCUGUCUAUACCACUGUGUUUUCGUACCGAUUCUACAACACAUCGACUUGGCUGCAGAUGCUGCGGGUUGCAUCAUCGUAAAUAUGAUCCAUCUGAAAGGAAGCAAAAAUUAAUUUUGCUUAAUUAAAACGUAUCAAUCUGUCAAGGAUGAUCGCCUUGCGUGACAUUUCUACCUGAGAACGUAGAACAUGUCUCCUGGCUCCGUCAAAAACAAUGUUUUAUUUCGUAGUUCACGAAACCAAUAAACUAUUCAAUCAAGUAAUAUAUAACAAAAAUCUUUGUUCGACAUCUUGCAGAUGCUUCAGGCACGUACUAGAGGGCUCUCAAAGCUAGACUUCAAUGUGUCCGUGAUCCUGAGAAGAGUGGCACCAAUACGAAAUGGGAAGUAAUGUGUCUGAUGUAAUGAAAAACAAAUGUCAUAAGCUUACCGGGUGUUUCAGCGACCACUUUCAAUUUUUUUUUAAUUUCUUGCACAAUUCUAGUCCAUGAGCUGGUCUAUACUCGAAGAGGCGGACAUUACUUGCACAGAAAAUUGAAAACCGCAAUAAACAAACCAACAACAUUUCACUAAUUAACUUUUGAACUAACUACCUUAGGGCACAUAAUGCAAUUUACAAAUUAUAACCGGGGAGUUCGCAAAUCAAUACUGCAGCCAUGACCAGCUGAGACGAUCAGCGGUCCAACCAAAACAAGAAGCACUUCACAUCGGUGCCGCGCACGUACACUUCGCGUAGCCCACUGAUAAAUAACAUGUUAGCAUUGCUCGAGGCAAAGCUAACAUGUUUGCAAUGGGAGUAGCUGCAUUUAUCUUUGGCAAGUGCUCCAAGCACAUGAGAGUCCUCGAGAAACCGAAACUAUAGACAUAUCGCGCAGAAGGGUGCUUGGCGUCGGCUACAUUGAUAGCGCCUUCAUGUGCGAUACCGCAGCCUCUAACUUUCUACCCAAGAACUUUGCAAGAAACCCGAUUAGCGAAACGGGAAGUGCACUGACGAGAUAAAGAAGCUGCUGAUACGAGAGAAAAGAAGCAAGAGAGGCUGACACUAUAAAGUUUGGAGUUAAACUCCCAAUGCGCCAGUGUAUCGGCGACCGACUACAAGCGUGGACAGACUCUUCCGUUGCGGCUUUCAAGAAGAAUACUAUGAAAACCUUCGUUGUGGUAUUAUUUAUCGUCGCCCACUUCGGUAACGCCGAAGUCUCCGAUGAAGACGACUGCACAGAAGCCCAGCAAAGAGCUAUGAAUGGCCGGUCCUUGUCGUCACGCCGCUUCAUGUGGUGGCCGUUCGACGCUUGCAAGGAUGGUUUCACACGCGUCACGUGUGAUGGAGACCUCGAGUGCCAUGCUAUCCAUCUACAAUCGACGGGUUUCGAUGUAGCAUCCCGUACACUGUGGACCCACACGAGAGGCACAGACAGUGUGAGCAAAGCGAACGACUUUGUUGACACUGUGCUUCUGCAAAGAAUGCCGACUCUCGUAAGAAGAUAUCCGGACUCCUUUUCUCUCGCUCCCUACUACUUCAAAGUCUACAAGACGAGCUGGACAAACCGUGACUUGAAGGUGUACGUAAACUCGGGCCAGUUCAGGAACUUUGACACGGCCGUGCGUCGCGUUGGCGACUGCGUGCUCGCCAUGGUGGCCGGGAACGUGAGCCUCAGCUGCGAUCUGAGCAUCGGUGGCAUCGUCGCCGAACUCCACACAGCGACAAAAGGAGACGGUCUGCUUGGCAUUGUAAAGUCCGUCCGUGUCGAAGCACUCCAGUACCAGACGACCGGCAAGGUUGAAGUCACUGCUGCUCUGAACCAACCUGGCUUCGUGCGCACUUUCAUCGUGAACAACGCCGGCUUCGAAGUGACGCCCGGACACAAUCUCGACUUGAACUCGGUUCGAAUGAGGAACUUCAAGUCUCGCAUCGCCGCUUAUCUCAUGGAACAGAUGCGCGAGAAGUUUUAUUCCAACUACGAGGCAAUACUGAGGCAUGCUUUCGCUCGCAACAGCUUUUUCUUGUUCUGAUCAAAUUAGACACGCUUGUAUAUAGUUGGAGGGGGGAAUCUGGUGGAGCAGAUGAAAGCAUGUGCUUACCCCUCCCCUGUUUUGCUUAUGUGGACUACGUAGAAACUUUCAAAUAAAAGUAAUCCACGUGUUUUAAAAAAGUGAACAAGGUUCUGUGGUGUGGGGACGCGCAUCGAGCUGGCCGAGAGGCAGGCCUAAGCGGUCAGACGGCGGCGCGGACUCAGGCAGAAAUGAAGCAGAAUAUGACAACGCCAAAAGGAGACGCACGGGCGGGGCCGAACAGCGGCUUUUAUUCCGAUUCUCAACUUGCAUUCUGCAGCACCAGUGAGGCGACAGCACGGGAAUGUCCUGUACAUGGUACACGAUAGUUUCACAACGUAUGCUAAAGUUAGCAGAUAAUUUUUUCGCACCAAUGUUAAACUAAGGAAGCGCUACUGGAUGCCACUACAUGGACGGAAUGUUUUACUUCUGAAUAAAGCUUGUCAGCGUGGACACUACUAAAAUGAAAUGAACCUGUCUGCUUAUAGUAUACACGUACGCCAAAAGAAAAGUCGCCACAUACGUGGCACCCGUUGCCCCGCUCAGACAGGCGUAGAAAUAUUCCAAAGUUCGAAUAUCACUCAAUUAGUGCCUGCUUUUCGACUCGUUUUCGGCUCGAGACUUCACAAUUCCAAGUUGUCGAAAAUUAGUUCCUGUUCUAUAAAGCGAUAACAAUGCCUAUUGGAGCCAGCAGGGAGAAAGCCACAUGCAAGUGAUGAUUUGGCAGACUGACACCACUUCAGGAGAGCCGUGUUUGCUGUGCAGAAGAACUAGUUAGCUUAAUUCUCCUCAGUGUCUUCAUUCAACAAGAAUGACUUACCUUUAGGUUGCUUACAGAUUUGUCUUUAAGUUUUAUUUAGGCAAGGGAAUAUAUUACUUCGACAAUCGCACAGUGUUUGCUACCUUUGCAGUAUGUCAUCACCAUGUUAGCAUUAUUUUUGCAUCCUGCGUGGUUGUGUAUCCUUACUUUGUCUGUUUAGCGUCUGGUGACAUGCUGUUCGCGUGCUUCAUCAUUCUCAUUGUCAUGAUACGUCAUAUACUUACAAAGUGAUUUUACUUACAAGCUCCUUGUUUGACUGAAAAAUGAUUUGUGAGUGGCGUUACAUGUACAAAAUAGCGCAAAUUGAGUACGCCUCUUGUAUAUGGUCUCCACAUCAAAAUUACCUCAUCGAACUCCUGGAGAGCAUCCAGAAUAGAGCGAGCCGUUUCAUUUCCAAAAAUUAUAGUAACCA